CGCCCGGUCGGCUCGCGGCCACGCGCAACAGGCCGUGCCCGGUUUGCAUUUCCUUACUACUUUGUCUUGAAGACGGAACUAUGCCAAAGAAAGCCAAGCCUGCAGGGACUGGGAAGGAAGAAGGGCCUGUACCCUGUAAACAGGUGAAGGGGGAGGCAGCUGCGGGGCCUUCUACAUUAAACUUUGACAGCCCCAGUGGUCUCUUUGAAAGUUUAAUCUCACCCAUCAAGACAGAGACUUUUUUCAAGGAAUUCUGGGAGCAGAAGCCGCUUCUCAUUCAGAGAGACGACCCUGCACUGGCCACGUAUUACCAGUCCCUGUUCAGGCUAACCGAUCUGAAGAGCCUGUGCAGCCGGGGUGUGUACUACGGAAGAGACAUCAAUGUGUGCCGGUGCGUCAAUGGAAAGAAGAAGGUUUUAAAUAAAGAUGGCAGAGCACACUUUCUUCAGCUGAGAAAGGAUUUUGAUCAGAAAAGGGCAACAAUUCAGUUUCACCAACCGCAGAGAUUUAAGGAUGAGCUUUGGAGGAUCCAGGAGAAGCUGGAAUGUUUCUUUGGCUCCUUGGUUGGCUCAAAUGUAUACAUAACCCCUGCAGGAUCUCAGGGCCUCCCACCCCAUUAUGAUGAUGUCGAGGUUUUCAUCCUGCAGCUGGAGGGAGAGAAACACUGGCGCCUCUACCAUCCCACCGUGCCCCUGGCGCGGGAGUACAGCCUGGAGGCGGAGGACAAGAUCGGCAGGCCGGCACACGAGUUUACACUGAAGCCGGGUGAUUUGUUGUACUUUCCCAGAGGGACCAUUCAUCAAGCAGACACUCCCCCGGGGCUGGCCCACUCUGCCCACGUGACCAUCAGCACCUACCAGAACAGUUCAUGGGGAGAUUUCCUUUUGGAUACCAUCUCGGGGCUUGUGUUUGAUACUGCAAAGGAGGAUGUGGAGUUGCGGGCCGGCAUCCCCCGGCAGCUGCUCCUGCAGGUGGAAACCACAGCUGUUGCAAGAAGACAAUUAAGCGGCUUUCUGAGGACACUUGCAGACCGGCUAGAGGGCACCAAAGAACUACUUUCAUCAGACAUGAAGAAAGAUUUUGUUAUGCACAGACUCCCCCCUUACUAUGUGGGAGAUGGAACAGCGCUAUCAACACCAGGUGGAAAGUUACCGAGGUUAGACAGCAUAGUAGGACUGCAGUUUAAAGAUCACAUCGUCCUCACGGUAGGACCAGAUCAGAAUCCAUCUGAUGAAGCUCAAGAAAAGAUGGUUUACAUCUAUCAUUCCUUAAAGAAUAGGAGAGACAUACACAUGAUGGGAAAUGAAGAGGAAACAGAGCCUCACGGACUUCGCUUUCCUUUAUCACAUUUGGAUGCACUGAAGCAAAUUUGGAACAGUUCAGCUAUUUCUGUCAAGGACCUGAAACUUCCUACAGAUGAGGAAAAGGAAAGCCUGGUUUUAUCCCUCUGGACAGAAUGUUUAAUCCAGGUAGUCUAGUGCCUUUAUCUACUAUCUUAUAUGCACAUAUUAAAAGUGAAGAGGCAGACUGGGUAGGUUGAACAGCUACGUACAUGAGACCACCCCCCCGUUACAGGUAGUCUCUGGGCUGUAGGUACAAGGGCACAUGGAAGAACAAACAGCAAAUUACCAAGUGUCCCACAGAGUGAUAAAAACCAUACUUUUGACAAGUUUAUUUAAUCCAGUGUGGUAAAAAAGGCACAGCUCCAAUAAAUGUAUCAUUUAGAAUUAAAUGUUAACCUGGCUUUAUCUUUGUUCUUUGGAAGAAACAACUUCUUUAAAGAGCCUCCUUAGCAGCUCUAGAAAAAUUUUAAACAAUUAACAGAAGAAAAGUUUUUAACUUGGUUUUUUACAAUGAAAAUAUACAUACCUUUGUGUAUACACAGGCCCACCCGUUAAAGUUAUUCCUGCAACAUAAAUUUCAUUAAAUAAUACUGCCACACCAGGGAGAGGCACUCAACAGUAUGGACGUAAGGGAGUUUGACAGAUGCUGCUUAAAAGAUGACAAGAGAAGACACUGAGGGGGAAAAAAACCCAAUAUUUACAUGGAAAGACCAAGUCUAUAAAAACUACUCAAAAUAGUGGAUCUUUUUCUUUGAGUUUAAACUAUUCACUGUUAUUUUACAUUCUAAAGUGCACAUAGGUUGAUAUUUUUUUAAAAUAUCACUGGAGAAUUUAAUCUUUCUAUAUAAAAAUAGAGCAUUUUUCUGCUUUCUGGCAAAAGUUGGGGAUAAAAGGAAUAGGUGUCUCAGUGUAAGUUUAAAUCCAACUCAGGAGGGAAAAAUUCUUGUGAAUUGUGCAGUUGAAGGUGGUAAAGAUGAUUUCCUACCUUAUUUCACUUAAGAGAAAGGUAUUUAAAAACUGAAUUUUCUGUCAUUUAGUAGAGAAAUCAACUCCACCUUUACUUGAAAAGUAAGAUGGUAAGGUCAAGGCUCAAAUACAUUUGAAAUUUGUUUAAGUGACAUAGUCCUUAUAAAUACUUCUCCUUGCAGGCAGAUCCAACAAAAUCUACGGUGAAGUCUCAGCAGGGAGAUAGAUAGGUAGUCAUUGUUAGAGUCUUGUCACCUAAAGGGAUGUUUUUGUUAAGAGCGCUAGGUUGGCCAUUUUUAGUUUGAAGGACUGAGUAAAGAAUGGCCACAGAAAACAUUCCAAUACUUGUGCCUUUUUCCUAACACAGCUGAGGUCCCCCUCUGGGGUCAGUUACAAGUAUAUAUACAUAAGGGAUGCUCCAGUUAUAAAAGCCUUAAUAUAGAAACUUUAAGGUUUAUCUAAUACAACAGCUUAAUAAAAAGGAUUAUUAUAUAUGAUUUCAGAUGUUGCUAAAAAUUACUCAUCUUUUUUGCAAAAGUAUGACUUGACCUAUAGGAAGGAAUCUGUUUCCCUGUGCCUUGCAUUCAUACAAGCAUCUAGUAGGAUAUUAAUAACUAAUACAGGGUGAUGGCAUUACCAGUGUCCUAUAAUGGGCUAUCAGGAAUAGGAUUCAUGUUUGGUGGACAGGAGAGGAAAUAUUGACUUCAGGAAACUUGCUCACCACAACUGGAGAUCAAUCAGGAAUAGAACCUUUCCCAGAAAUCAUAACAUUUUCUCCAUAGGAACACUGGGUCAGUGGCAAGAAUAUUUUUAGCUUUUCCAUGGUGAAGAGCUUGGGAGAGAGAGAAGUGCUUUCUUCUCAGUGAUCCAGGAGUGUGAGGACAGUCGCUUCCUUGCCCCAUAUGCAGGACAAUGAGGGAUGGGGGUUUCCUUCUUCCUCUGCUCUUUCUAGGGAUGUAGUUGAUUCUCUCACAAUAUUUCAAUGUCCCAUUUCUGUGUUUCUUCUCCCUCCAGGGGCUGAUUUACAAUUACAUGAGUCUUGUCACAAUAAUUUCCUCCUGAAAUAGAAAUUCCAAAAGAAAGGAUUAUUUGUUCACACAGGUGCUUGGCAAUUGCACAAUUCUCACAAGCUUUUGUUCAGCUCACUCUUUGGGUAGAUUACUAUGCCAUUUACAAAGCAGUCUAAAAUGGAAAACUGAAUUUGAACAGGCUUAGCCAUUAUUCACCUCAAAUUGGACCUUAUUAUGACUCAAAUUGAAAAACUAAAAGGCUUUUAGUUCUUCAAACAAUGUGAUUCUUCAGAACAAAGUACUCUGAGAAAUUCUGGCUGAAUGUCAGGUACUCUUGUUUUUGUUUCUACACCAACAGUGACUGACUAAUCCAAUUAAAGCGGCAGCCAUGAAUAAUAUUGGCCCUGACCUGGCUGAAUUCAAAAACAAGGUUAAUUGAUACCUACCAUAAAUUUUGACUGAGAGCUUUUAAGGACAUGGCAAUUCACAGCAAAAAGUUAGAGAUGUUUCUUUCUGAGAAACAGAUGACAUUUGUUUUAUGAUGCUUCAAGUUUAGAACUAGUGUCAGUUCAUGUAGCAAAUGAAAAUUUUACAAUUGUACUGACAAAAACCUUCUUAAAUUUUGUUGUUAGGCUUUUUCUGUUUGAUCCAUAUAACUUAAUUGGUUUGUUCAUAAAACUGCAUACCUUAACUUCUUUCACAUAAUUAAGGGUGACUUAACAUUUCUCUGUUAUACACAAGGAUGUCCUUUACCCAUAAGGAAGAGAUCUGGAACUGAAACUGGUAUCAUGGGGUGUCAUCCAAGGCCCACCUUUAACAUCAAGGACAAGGUGAUCGCUGAGAUAAGAGCUGAUAGUUCCAUUUUUAUUCAGUCUCCACUUCUGCCUGAAUUGCCCAUGUUCAGGCCACAGGGCCACUUUAGCUCCAGGUGUGUCCCGGCCACCAAUCACAUCAAGACAUGUAUCACUGGCCUAAAAGGGUUAAGAAAUAAUUAACUGGCAGUACUGUGUUUGCUAAAAUAAAUGGAAUUGCCUCUCUUUUCUUUCAGGUAAACAAAUCACAGACAUGAAGUGGCUAUGUUUUAUGUAAAAAAAAGAAAAUAAUGCUAAUUUCAGUAUUCAGUGGUUUUAAGUCUUUUUUAUGGCUGGGAGGAGACGGUAUGGAAAUGAACCUACUGAAAGAGAGAUACUUGUUUUUAAUAGGAUGUCUGCAUCUGGCAACAGAUGUUCAAUAAAGGUUUGUUGAAUUGGAA